CCGGCGUCUCAUGUGACCGCAGUCAGCAUGUCACUGGCCUGGAGUUCAGCGACGUGCCUCUCCAGGGCAGCAUCGCGUCGGAGCUUGGAAAUCUCUCUUUCCUCUCGACCCUUGUCCUCAGCAACACCAGCGUCAUGGGUACCGUGCCAGACGAGCUUGGUAGUCUGCCAUGGCUUCAAACUAUUGAUCUUUCUUACAACGACUUGUCAGGUACCAUCCCUCGUAUCCUUGGCAACCUUACUAGGCUUGAGAUGCUUGAUCUUGCUUGGAAUAACUUCUUUGGGGGGAUCCCGCAUGAGUUGCAAAAUUUGCACAGCCUUCUUAUGUUAAGAUUGCAAGGCAAUGACCUGAGCGGACCAAUUCCGGAGGGGCUGUUCAACAACGCACCAAAUUUGAGUAGCAUAUAUCUUGGAGUGAAUAGGCUGACAGGAGCAAUUCCUGAUAGUGUCAGCUCAUUGCUAAAGCUGGAGAUUCUGGUCCUAGAAAAAAAUUUUCUCUCAGGCCCCAUGCCGCCUUCUCUUUUCAAUAUGUCCCAGCUGCAGUUACUAUAUGUUGGACGGAACAAUCUCUCAGGUCCAAUUCCCGGAAACAGGAACUUUCACCUCCCUAUGCUGCAAGUGCUCUCCCUUCAAGAUAACCAAUUCAGUGGGCCUAUCCCAUUGGGACUCUCUACCUGUAAGAACCUUGAACAGCUCUCCCUUUCCGGAAAUAAUUUCACUGGUACUGUACCAUCAUGGUUGGCAACACUGCCAAACCUCACCAGAAUAUCCUUGUCAAUGAAUGACCUUACUGGCAAGAUUCCUAUUGAGCUAAGCAACAAUACCGAGCUCCUUGUGUUGGACCUCAGUGAGAACAAUCUUGAGGGAGGAAUUCCACCAGAAUUGGGAAAACUGAGAAACCUUAGGUUUCUAGGCCUUGCAAACAACCAAAUUACUGGUGUCAUUCCAGAAUCCAUAGGCAAUCUGUCCAAUCUUACACAAAUAGACUUAGUAGGAAACAGGUUAACCGGAUCAAUACCAGUGUCAUUUCAAAAUUUGCUAAAUCUCCAUCGCAUCUUUGUCUUUGGGAACCAGCUCUCUGGGAAUCUCGAUUUCCUGGCAGUAUUAUCCAAAUGCAGGAGCCUGAAUACCAUAAACAUAGCAGCAAAUAAAUUCACAGGGAUUCUACCACCCUACAUGGGAAACCUCAGCACAGUGCUGCAAUAUUUCAUAGCGGAUAAAAACAUGAUCACUGGAAGCAUCCCUAGUACAUUGGCUAAUCUGAGCAACCUGUUGGUACUGUCUAUAAGUGGAAACAACCUAAGUGGGAAGAUCCCCACAACAAUCACUGCGAUGAAGAAUCUCCAAGAACUCAAUCUCUCCAACAACAGCUUGUCUGGCACCAUUGUGGUAGAAAUCAGUAGAUUAACAAGUCUAGUUCGGUUGGAUCUUGGUGGCAAUAAACUAAUCGGUUCUAUUCCAAGCAGUGUCAGUAGUCUAAGCCAACUGCAAGUUAUGAUAUUAUCCCAAAAUUCACUGUCUUCAACCAUACCAACAAGUCUAUGGCGCCUUCAGAAACUUGUUAUGCUUGAUCUGUCAAGGAACUCUUUGAGUGGUUCCCUACCUGCCGAUGUUGGAAAACUGACAGCAAUUACCAAGAUGGAUUUAUCAAGCAACAAGUUAUCAGGUGAAAUUCCAACAUCCAUCGGUGAUCUUCAGAUGAUGAUCUAUCUGAAUCUAUCCAGCAAUUUAUUUGAAGGAUCACUACCAGACAAAAUUGGAAAGUUACUAAGUAUUGAGGACUUGGAUCUCUCCUCCAAUGUGCUUUCCGGUACCAUUCCAGAAACCUUGACCAAUCUCACUCACCUUACAAAUUUGAACCUUUCUUUCAACAGCCUGGGUGGACAGAUACCAGAAGGAGGUGUAUUCUCAAAUAUCACCCUCCCAUCAUUGAUGGGGAACAAUGCCCUCUGUGGCCUUCCCCACCUAGGAAUAGCACCAUGUCAGAGCAACAGUGAUCAGUCAUGGGUAAAAUCACAGUUGUUAAAAGUCAUAUUACCUGCAGUUCUGGCAUUUUUUGUUUUAGCUGUGUGCCUGUAUAUGUUGGUAAGAGCUAAAGUGAAUAUAGGAAGAAAGAUGACAGUACCCUCAGACACAGACUUGCUGAACUAUCAGUUGAUCUCAUACCACGAACUUGUCCGUGCAACCAGCAACUUCACUGAUGAUAACUUGCUAGGGGCUGGAAGCUUUGGGAAAGUCUUCAAAGGUGAAUUGGAUGAUGGAUCUGUGAUUGCAAUAAAGGUACUAAACAUGCAGCAUGAACUAGCUUCCAAGAGCUUUGACACAGAGUGCCGUGCACUACGAAUGGCUCGGCACCGGAACUUGGUGAAGAUAAUUAGCACUUGCUCCAAUCUCGACUUCAGGGCACUAAUUCUUGAGUAUAUGCCUCAUGGUAGUUUGGAUGAUUGGUUGUACUCAAAUGAUGGUAGGCAACUCAGUUUCCUCCAAAGGGUUGGCAUUAUGCUGGAUGUUGCAAUGGCGAUGGAGUAUCUCCACCACCAGCACUUUGAAGCUGUCCUGCAUUGUGAUUUAAAGCCAAGCAAUAUCUUGCUCGACCAGGACAUGAUUGCACAUGUUUCUGACUUCGGCAUUUCCAAGCUGCUAGCUGGAACUGAAAAUUCCAUCACAUUAACAAGCAUGCCUGGCACUGUAGGAUACAUGGCUCCUGAGUUCGGAUCAACAGGAAAAGCAUCACGUGCCAGUGACAUCUACAGCUAUGGAAUUGUUCUCCUAGAAGUCUUCACAAGGAAAAAGCCAACUGAUGCAAUGUUUGUCGGUGAGUUGAGCUUGAGGAGGUGGGUUAGUCAGGCAUUCCCGCAUGAACUCUCAAAUGUAGUUGACAGUAGCAUACUGCAAGAUGGUAUUGAAGAUGAAAGUAGGCCUCCCGAGAACUUCAGCAUUUUGAAUAUCAACCUAAUAUCCAUUAUUGAGUUGGCCUUGCUUUGCUCAAGCGUUGUACCUGAGGAAAGGAUGCCAAUGAAGGAUGUGGUAGUGAAGUUAAACAAGAUCAAGUCGAAUUACAAUUUACAGCUUGGCAAACAUGGGUACAUUCAUCAAAAGACUUGAUAUUCAAACUUUCAUCAGCAACAACUGAAAGGAAUGUCAAUAGUUUUCAAGCACUGGCACAGGUCGGCCAGAAUUGAAGGAUUCACUUGAGAUGUACUAGUCGCAAGUACUAAAUUGCUAGACUCUCACACCACAUGCUUAAAUCACAGAAAGAUCAAGUGUGCAGGACGGGAACAUCAGGAAAGAUUGUAGCUGGCAUAUUUUUCUUUUUUUUUCCAGUGCAAGUAAAUUUCUGAUGUCAAGUUUCCGAAGCAAAAGUAAUGACGUGAGCAUGUAUUGUUGCUUGAGA